GUUCGCGUUGUUAGUUACUAUCCUCCUUCUUCAGUUCGCCUGAGAUUCCUUUGGUGCCGUCAAGAAUUCCAGGAGAUCCAGCCAGUUAGUUCAUAUUUCUUGACGCACACCGGGAACAGGCGCACAGCCUUUCCGUCCUCCCCCCCUCGAGUCACCACCGCUGCGUGGGAAUCAUCCAUCCCCUCCGCUAUGAGACUCCCAAGUUGUCUGGUUCCCGUCGUGACCAGUCUCUUAUCGCUCCUGUCGCAAAAUGUUCUCGCACACGCUCAAAGAGACAGAAUCAACUACAUCUCACUCGUUGAGGACCCGGUGAUCAAUACUCCAUCACGACGAGUACACGCAUUGUCAAGUUUCGAUCUUAUAUUUUCACUUCAUCAGAAGAACCAGCGCAUAAAGCUGAGCCUGGAACCAAAUCAUGACCUUCUCGGGUUCCAGCCCGAGGUACACUACGCUGACAACGACGGACAACUCCAGCAAAUACAGUCCAUUAAUAGGUAUGACCAUAAAGUCUUCAAGGGAUGGGCUUCGGUCGAGUCUGAGAGUGGUUGGGAACGAUCCGGGUGGGCACGCAUCGUUGUCUAUGACGAUGGCCCAUUCCCCUUAUUCGAAGGCACCUUUACAAUAAUGCACGACCACCAUCAUGUCUUGCUGCGAUCUAGUUACAUGCAGACAAGGCAGCCGUCGGAUCCCGCCUUGGAAGAUACGACUCGGGAUUAUAUGAUCGUCUUCCGUGAUUCCGACGUCGGUCGGGAUAUACAUGCGAAUCUCAAGCGUGGCUCACCGAUAGAACGUUCGUGUGGCUCAGACAGUUUGAGCUUUAAUACCGACCCUGACCACCCUAUGUUUCGCCCGGUGGAGCGACGCGACCAGAGCUCCUGGGCCGCGAUGCCACUCGAUCUCAUGAUGGGCAUCAGCAAAAGGCAAGGAGACAUCUCUGGUGGGAAUCCUGGGGGUCCAAUAAACCUCCGGGAAACGAUUGGAAGCACUGCUGGUUGCCCGAGAACGAAAAAAGUCGCUUUAAUUGGCGUCGCCGCCGAUUGCGAGUAUACAAAGUCUUUCAAUUCUUCGGUCCAGGCCGCUCAACGCAACAUUGUCAACGUGGUAAACAGUGCGUCUCAGAUCUACGAGGAAGCAUUCAACAUCACCCUCGGGCUCAGAAAGGUCCAAGUUCUUCCCGGAGAAUGCCCCGCGACUCCACCGGCCUCCGCCCCUUGGAACGCUGCUUGUGGCACAAGACAGAAUUCAGGACCCGAUAUCUCUCGGAGAUUGAAUCUCUUUUCCGCUUGGAGAGGUGAGCAGAACGAUGAUAAUGCGUUUUGGAUGUUGAUGACAACUUGUAAUUCCGGCCCUGAGGUUGGCUUGGCCUGGCUGGGUCAAGUGUGCAUCAACACUGCCAGCCGGCAGUCAGACCGUGACGGUGGGCCCACGCAAUCAGUGAGUAGCACCGGAGUUGUCGUGCGAACUCCACAGGAAUGGCAAGUGUUUGCUCAUGAAGCAGGCCAUAUCUUUGGUGCUGUUCACGAUUGUGACUCUGAACUUUGCGCAUCGCAGGCCAAUGUUGCCAGGGCUCGUUGCUGUCCUCUAACGGCCGAUAGCUGCGAUGCAGAUGGCCGGUUCAUCAUGAAUCCAACCUCAGGAAGGGGUAUUACUGAUUUUUCUCCCUGCACAAUCGGCCAGAUUUGUACUGCAAUGGGUCGAAACAUCGUUCGGACCAGCUGCUUCACAAAUAACCGAAACGUGGUAACAUACGCCGGGAGUGAGUGUGGUAAUGGUAUUGUCGAAGAAGGUGAAGACUGUGACUGCGGCGGCGAGGAAAUGUGUGCCAACAACCGAUGCUGUGACCCUAGGACUUGCAAAUUCCGCGAUGGUGCAGUCUGCGACGACUCAAACGAGGAGUGCUGCAGGAAUUGCCAAUUUGCUUCGUCAGACACCGUUUGUCGACCUAGCGCCGGUCCUUGUGACCCUGAGGAGAAAUGUACCGGGAGAACCGCUCUGUGCCCAAAAGAUAGUUACAAGAAAGAUGGUGAUAGAUGUGGAAAUGGGCUUGCCUGUGCUAGUGGGCAAUGUACCAGCAGAGACAUGCAAUGUAGAGUCAUGAUGGGUGGCAGGCUCGGCGGAAACGACACAGAAUCGUGCGAUUUUUCGAGCUGUUCCCUAAGCUGCCGCUCCAGAUCAUCAAGCCCCGACGUUUGUAUAAUUGGAAUGCAGUACUUCCUGGAUGGCACCCCUUGUGUUGCCGGUGGAGUGUGCAAAAAUGGCUCCUGUACCGGAAGCUCCUUUGGCAAGGAAAUUCGGUCCUGGAUUGAUAGGAACAAGAACCUUGUUAUCGGUCUCUCUGCUGGUCUCGGCGGUCUCCUAGUUCUCGCCAUUUUCGGCUGCAUUUUCCGUCGCUGCCGAAGACCUAGACCAAAGAACCGGAAGAUGGCACCCAUGAAAGUGAGAAGCGUACCAGAUAUGUGGACAAGCUCAGUACCGCCUGAUCAGUACACUCGCGGCCCUCCACCAGGCCCACCACAGAAUAUACCGCCGGUAUAUCCACCACCAGCAUAUUCGCAAACCUAUGGACGUGGUGACAUGCCUUCACCUCGAUAUGCAUAAUUUUCUCUCCUAAGCCAUGUUACGAUUGUAUGAAAAUGUUCCUUUUUUUUUUUUUUCGCUUCAUUUCAUUUUGACUUUUGGACCGGGUAACAGUCAGCAUCAACAUCCACAGUACAUUUCUUCGUUUUAAGCACCUCAUUCUCAGUUACAUUUAUGGCAUGUACUUUCCUCAUUCCACACCCCAACAUAAUCGUUGUUCGAACGAUGCAGAUACUAUGAUCUUGCAUAUAUGCGACUCUACAUAUCCCAUGCUUAUCUUUUACUUCUUCUGCUCUUGUGCCAAGUGGAAAAAGGGAAAUUCUUUUACACUAAACACCUGGGGCCCCUUUUUUGCAUUUUUCUAAGUUCUUUUUUGCCCAUCACACUAGCAGAUACAAUGUUGGAUUGGGUUGCUUUGUUCUAAGCAUCAGGGUCUGGACCAAGUUUGGUUAACAUUUCACUAUUGUUUUUGUCAUCAUUUUUGCAUGGGAAUUGGGACGCUUUUCCUUUUCCUUUUUUUUUGGUGUGAAUAUUUUUAGAGGUAUACUCGCCUCUACAUUUCGUCCUGCUGGCUGUGGGGAUCGGGUCCUCUCAAGAGUUUGGAAUUUGUCGAUAACCUUUGUGCAGGGAAGCAGAUAUGUGAGAUAUUCACCCUGUAUAUAUUGUUUGGUAUACACAUAUUUAUCUCAAGUCCAGUACUGUUUAA